AAAAGAGCCGAGUGUAAACAACGCGAGGGCACUUCCGGGUUCCCCGACGCAGCGUCUUUGCGUAGAGACGGUGACGGCGUCGGCUACAUGUGACGUCAUCCUCUGCGUCAGCGGAAGGAGCGCAGCUCCGGUCACCGAUGGAAAGAAUCAGCUGAGUUACAUGAACAACAUCUGAGACCCGAGAGCAGCUGACAUGUCUCAUUGUAAGAAGAAGAGGAAGAAGAAGAACGGUGUACCGGGCCGAUGGCUGGACUAUAACCCCGUUGGACAGAGGAUACCUGGGACCCCACCAGAAUCCUUCGGUCACUGGGACCUGCUGGAUUCUCUGGAGCAUCAGAACCAGGACCUGGGUCUGAUCAUCGACCUCACUUUCACUACAAGGUUCUACAAACUGACGGACGUCCCGCAGUCCUGUUCUUACAUCAAGAUCCUCACCGAGGGUCACCAGGUUCCCUCUGACGCCACCAUCCUGAGCUUCAAACGGGCAGUGAGACGGUUCUUGACGGAGAACCAGGACAAUGAUAAGCUGAUCGGAGUCCACUGCCCCCAUGGCCUGAACCGCACGGGUUACCUGGUCUGCAGGUACGUCAUAGAUGUAGAUGGGCUGGAUCCUCUGACAGCUGUGGAGCUCUUCAACUGUUGUAGGGGUCUGCAAGACCUGCAGCGAGGUGCCAGGAGGAGCAAUGGAGGCAUAGAUGAGCCAGAGGAGGAGGCAGCCCGAGGGCUUGCUUAGGAGAGACCACCACAGACCACCACCCCUGUAAAGAGACCACCGCAGACCACCACCCCUGUAGAGACCACCACCCCUGUAGAGAGACCACCACAGACCACCACCCCUGUAGAGAGACCACCACAGACCACCAACCCUGUAAAGAGACCACCGCAGACCACCACCCCUGUAGAGACCAC